CUCAGGUCAAAGUUGGUAUGAUGCGGAAGUGGCUUCUCUUGUGUUCAUUUGCUAUCGCGGCUCGUUGGCUGUCCUCAAAAUCAUUUUAUUGUCUUUUAUCGCGAAGUUGCCAGAUGUGCGACAGUUAGAUUUUUUUGUUCUAAGAGAAGUUUUAAGAGCUUCGUUUAUAUUACACGCGCGGGGUUUUAAGGUUUCAAGUGCUGUCUGCCACAAUGACCACCAUCGUCCAUGACACCACAGAGGCGGUGUGCCUCUCUGCCGAGUACAACAUGUAUUUGAAGCCCAUCGCCAAAAUGACCAUCAGCGUGACGCUUCCACAGCUCAAGCUGCCGGGAAAGAGCAUCUCCAACUGGGAGGUAAUGGAGAGAGUAAAGGCCAUGGUGGUGCCCGACCAGUUCUCAGCCCUGCGGGUCUCCAAGAGCACCAUGGACUUCAUUCGUUUUGAGGGAGAAGUGGAGAACAAAACGGUUGUUAAGAGUCUGUUGAGUCGCCUGGAUGGGAAGAGCAUCAAACUUAGUGGAUUUACUGAUGUACUGAAAGUUCGUGCAGUGGAGAACAAAGUGGACUUCCCAACAAGGCACGACUGGGACUCGUUCUUUCGAGAUGCCAAAGACAUGAACGAAACUCUUCCGGGUGAGCGACCGGACACGAUUCACUUGGAAGGUCUGCCCUGCCGCUGGUUCAGUCAGAAACAAAGCGGUUUUCCCGAUCGCCCGUGUGAAGAGGCUCUCAUCGCUGUCUUUGAGGCCUUUGGCAAGGUGCGCAACGUGGACAUCCCAAUGCUGGAUCCGUAUCGGGAGGAGAUGCUGGACAAAAACUUUAAUACUUUUAGUUUCGGGGGCCAUCUGAACUUUGAGGCUUAUGUGCAGUAUCACGAAUACUGCGGCUUCACCAAGGCCAUGGACACGAUGCGCGGCAUGAAGUUGAUGCUGAAAGGAGAUGAUGGAAAGGCAGUGGCCUGCAACAUCAAGGUGACGUUUGACACCACAAAGCAUCUCGGUGAGUCAGCUGUGAAGAAGCGAAACCUGGAGAGGCUCAAGCUGCAGGAGUUAGAGAAGCAGCGAGAGGAACAGAAGCGGCGGGAGAAAGAAGAAGAAGAGCGACGUAAAGAGCAAGAGCGGAAACAGAAGGAGCAGGAAGAAGAGGAGCGGGAGCGAAAGAAGGAGGAGAAGCAGCGCAAGCGUGAGCAGAAGCUGCAGGAGAGAGAAGAGAGGAGGAACAUGAAGAGGGUGAGGAAGCAGCAGGAGGAGGAGCAGAAGAAGCUUCAGAUGAAGAUCGCCAUGGAGGAAAGGAGGCUUCUAUUGGUCCAGCGCAACCUGGAAUCAAUCCGCCUCAUCGCUGAGCUGCUGGCCAGAGCCAAGGCGGUGAAGCAGCAGCAGCAGGAGAAGGAACGCGCCGAACGCGAGGAGCACGAAAAGCGGGAGAAGGCUCGGCAGGAGGAGGAGCGGGUCCGUCGCGAGCAGCAGGAGGCGUGCCGGCGCAAGCAGCAGGAGGAGCUCCUCAAGGUGGAGCUGGAGAAGGAACGGGCCUUGGACCUCCAACGGCGGGAGAAAGAACUGAGGGAGAAGCUGCUCUCCAACAUGCUGAAGAAGAGCGGCGAGAAGGAGCAGGUGAACUCCGGAGGGAGCAAGGAGGCCCCAGAUCCUGGCAGGGAAGAUGCAUCCCUGCUGGCCCUGGGUCAGCUAAAUGGAUUGAAGACAGCAGAGGGCAAAGAGAAACCAGUCUCCACACCUUCCGAAAUGUCAGGAAAAGGCCGAGGGACAAAGGUGAGCAAGGUGGCUGAGGAUGUGAAGAAGACGAAGGAGGAGAGGAGGAAAGAGGAGGAGAAGAGCCAGUACAGCAAGGAGCGUGACCGCAGCUCCAGGAGGCACCAUUCCAGCAGCAGCAGGAGGAGAAGGAGCAGGAGUAGCAGCCACCGCAGGACCUCCAGGAGGAGCGACAGCCCGCGCCGCAAUAGGAGGCACAGCCACAGCCACUGGAGCAGAAGCACAAGCUCCAGCCGGGACAGGAGCAGGAGCAGCAGAGGGAGGAGCUACAGCAGGGGAAGGAGCCGCAGGCACAGUCACCAUCGACACAGCAGAGACGACUCCAGGAGCAUCAGCCGGGACAGGAGUCGCCACGGCCGAGGAUACAGACGGCGCAGCUACAGUCAAGACAGGAGUCACUCCAGAAGAUGAACACGCUCCUCUUGACACGUUGCAGCCACGUUCUUCAUUUUGACUUUUGGAAA